GUAUAUACAGCUAGCUACGCAGUUUUUUCCGGCUUGGCGGCUUCCUUACCAGACUACCGACCGCGUGCGCAUGCUCCGGACGUUGAGGCCGGUUUGAUUGCCCAAAUCUCUAAGAAUGACGACCGGCGGGCCACUGUUCCUGCUGGUUUGCCGUACUCGCUGCAGCUGCUGCUACGGUUGACGCUCAAGAGUCCAUCGUGGUUGGUUUCGAGCGGGCAUUAUACACUGUUGGUGAAGGAGAGACCGCAAGUAUAUGUGUUACAAUCAUCAGGCCUCCUAAUAUUGGAAGUGCUGUGGUCUAUCUGCAAGUUAUUGGUAACUUUAUUGUUCCAAGUGGAGCAACUGAAGCAAAUGAUACUGACUUAAUAUUUGGACACUAUUUGAUGACUCCUGGAGCUGACUAUCCUCCGCCAGUGGAAGGGCCUCUGGCCAGAUAGGGGGCCGACCGCUAUCCAGUCCACUAGAUCGGUGUGUUAUGACCAAAGAACCUACCAAGAUGACGAAGAGGAAUCUGACGAGUCUUUCACCCUUCAAAUUAUCGCCGACAGAAGAUACGCUUUAGAUAAUCUAGUUAUAGAUGAAGCACGUGGCAGUACUCAAGUCAAGAUUAUAGAUGAUGAUGAUGGUGAGUUAUGUGGUGCUCAUUGGUAGGUUCACCGUACAACGGUAUGUUUGAGGGUGUGAAUCGAAAAUGAUGGGAUUCAAAGACAACAACAUUACAGCAUUAACAUAAAAAAAAAGAAAAGGACUACAAAAAGAGAAAGAGA